UCUGGCCUCCCAGGCUCAUACGAACUCCAAGUCACCACUGAUGGCCCGGCCACCACGGGGGCAGAGGUGACCGUCUCGGCCAGCUUUGUGGAUGAGGACAACAGCAGCCUGUCCCUGUCUGCUGAGGAUCCCCUUUACCACUUCCACUGGAUUCACACCCCGCUUGUACUCACCAACAAGACCCAGAAGGGGUUCUCCUCCACCAUCCGCGUGGUCAGCCAGGCACCCGGGGACUUGCCCGUCUCCGUCUGGGUCACUGCGGCCAAUUGCUGGAUGUGCCAGCCUGUGGCGAGGGGCUUCACCGUCCUCCCCAUCACAGAGUUCCUGGUAGGAAACCUCCUUGUCACCCAGAACACUUCCCUGCCCUGGCCCAGCUCUUACCUGACCAAGACGACCCUGAAAGUUGCCUUCCUCCUCCACGACCCCAGCGACUUCCUCAAGCCCGCCACCUUCCUCUACAGCUGGGACUUCGGAGAUGGGACCCAGAUGGUGACGGAAGACCCCGUGGUCUAUUACAACUACUCGAUCAUGGGGACAUUCACCGUGAAGCUCAAGGUGGUGGCCGAAUGGGAGGAGGCGGGGGCUAAGCCGGGCGCCGUAAAGGGCAUCGUGCAGAAAACGGGCGACUUCUCUGCUUCCCUGAAGCUGCAGGAAACUCUUCGAGGCAUCCAGGUCUUUGGGCCCACUUUAAUUCAGACCUACCAGAAGUUGACCAUGACCCUGAACUUCCUGGGCAGCCCCCCACUGAGCAUGUGCUGGCUCCUCAAGCCGGAGUGCCUUCCUCUGGAGGAAGGGGAGUGCCACCCAAUGUCGGUGGACAGCACAUUCUACAACCUGACGCACACCUUCAGAGACCCUGGGGAUUACUGCUUCAUCAUCCGAGCUGAGAAUAUCAUCAGCAAGACUCAUCAGUACCACAGGAUCCAGGUGUGGCCUUCCAGCAUCCAGCCUGCUGUCUUUGCCUUCCCAUGUGCCACGCUCAUCACUGUGAUGCUGGCCUUCAUCAUGUAUGUGACCCUGAGGAAUGCCACACAGCAGAAGGACAUGGUGGAGAACCUGCAGCCUCCUUCUGGUGGGCCAAAGUGCUGCUGCCAGAUGUGCUGUGCGCCCUUCUUGCUGGAGAGCCCAGAUGAGUACCUGGAAAUCGUCCGAGAGCACCAUGGACUCCUCCCACCCCUCUACAAGUCUGUCAAGACUUACACUGUGUGAGACCUACCCUCCAUCCCGCCUCAGAGCUAACUGACUGCCGGCUGGGAGCUUCCAGAAGAGUGGUGCAUGCCACCACUGAGCAGGAAGGUUUCAGUGUGCAGGGUGUGUGUCCUGGCUGUCUGCCUACCUAUCUCUCCGCCUCCCCAUCCAACCACUGCCACAGCCCCUCUUGGCCACCUUCCCUCCCUCCCCUGAAGAGGCCUUGGGUGGAACUCAGGCACUUGGCAUGUGCCCUGUUCCCUCCCAGGCCCCUCCCCCAUUGCUCUCAGAUGGGCAUAUCUGCCCUCCAUCUGGGGUCCAUCUUCCCAACUCCUUCCCCUCCCUGCCCUCCUCACUCCCCCAGCCAACUCUGCCUAUGUCAGAGAACUAGGAGGGGGUCAGAAGGUCGGAGAGUGUUAGAACACAGGUCAUGUAGCCAGAGACCCACAGGCACACAGACAUGAACACACACACAUGUCAUGCUGGGUUCUCAGAUUCGUCCCUGUCAUGACAUGUCCCUUUGUGUCAGUUCUAGAGUUGCUGAAUUAGAACAAAAAUGAAGUUUGACCUUCUCUGCUCAGCCCCAACCGCUCCCAGGCCCAGCCCGGUCUCUCUCUGCGUGUCCCCUCUGUGGCUCCACGCUGCUCCCUGCCUGCUUGCCAGUGUUGGGUGGGGGCAGGACCACCUAGUUGUGAGUGCAGUGCAUUAUCAAUAUCCCCGCCUUCUUUUGCUGUUAUCCAUGGAUUCAACUGGAACGGUAGGAAUGGCCUUGCAGCUAAAGGAGCUGGGAACAGGCAUGGACUUGGGGUCCCAGGGGUGGGCCAUGCUCCUCCGGCCCAUGCAACCACCCCUGGGGGAAGGGGCGGGCACUUGAGGAAGAAGAAGCAGGACUGGACGCAGCUGAGUGGCGAUUUCGGCUUCCCUCUGGUGGAGGGCCAGGAAGACAGUGCAUGCAGGGGCAGAGUUAUGGGGCAGGCCCAGCUCCACGCCUUCAAGGUCCCCGGAGGGAUCCGAGGGAGCUGUUUGGGGGUAGGGGGGGCAGGCUGGGAGCUCUGUCACAGUUUUAUUGACUUGAAGAUGUCAUACCCAUUUUCGUGAAAUCCUGCCCUUACUGCUGAUUAAAGCUUGCGUGUGCUGAGUGUAGCCGA